UAUGUUCUGUAUCUAAUCCUCUCUUUUUAUAACAAAUUUUUUUUUUUUUUUUCUGGUUUCCAAAUUUCACUGACCACCAUAGCCAUUAGCCAUAGGUAGCACAGAAGAAGAACCGUCAGAGUGUCGGUUAUUGAACACGCGACAACGACCCACUUUAACCUGAGAGUUUCGCUCCUAUUUCCACGAGCCAUCUCUUUAUCAAUCUGUCUCCUAAGAAACACCAAUGACCAAAUCCAAACAAGGUAACAAAAAAGACGUGCAUUGCUUAAUGUCUCUCCAACUCUUGUCUCUCUUCCAGCUCUUUAGAGGUCAAGACAAGAGAUCAAUGAUACACACCAACAAUAUUGUCCGCUUUGGGUUGUCCGGAUACAUCGGGCCCGCACGGCUUUGUUUCUCCUUAGGCUCAAGGAGGUGAGCUAGGCCCAACUCAAGCCUAGGAAAAGACCUUGUUGGUGGUAAGAGGGCUUUUUGAAUAAGCCAUGGCUAGUUAAUUCUUACCUUGUUUCAUAACUACUCUCCAAAGUAAGAACACUUCGUCAGAGUCCAAAUCAGCUUGUGAACGUAUACAGAUGACCCAAUACCUGAAAUCAAAUCAAUAAUAUGGAUGUUUACAAACCAAUGGCAAAUCACACUGAUGAAUCUGAAGCCAAGCAGCAAGAAAUAUUGGUUGAGUGGUUGCAUAGCAUUCUUCCUAAUUUAAGCUUGCCAGUUAGGGCUUCUGUAGAGGAACUGAGAGCUUGCUUAAUCGACGGCACUGUUCUAUGUCGGAUUUUGAGAAGGCUUAGACCUGGUUCUUUCAAUGAGGGAAGUGAUUCUGAUUAUUCACCUGCUUCACGCUUGGAAAACAUUAAAAGGUUUCUGGCAACAAUGGAUGUAUUGGGUGUGCCCAAGUUUGAAAUAUUAGACUUGGAAAAGGGAUCUAUGAAAACUGUUAUUGACUGUCUUCUAAAACUUAGAGCACAAUUUUCGCUUGUGGGAGAUAAUUUUUCUGUCUCAAGCACCAUUACAAAAUCCAGUAAUCCGAAUGGAGAUGCAUCUGCCCGGGGUGUCCUCUCUCCAUUAUCUGGAGAUGAAAGGCAGAAGGUUAUGUCAGAAUCAAGAUUUCAACGUGCUUUGCGUAGCCCUAUUAUGUCAGCGCCAUCAGCUUCCCUAGCACAUCAAGUUCGACACAAUAUCCACGAGGUGUUUGAGAACAAGAACGGGAGCUACGCAGACCUUCCACCCGCGACGAUCACAGAGAUGAUGAAAUCAAACAGUUUAGAUAAUGCACCAACUCAGUCACUUUUGAGUGUCGUGAAUGGAAUUCUGGAUGAAAGUGUCGAAAGAAAGAAUGGCGAAAUACCUCAUGUAUGCACUCUGGGACAUAAGGGUGGGGAGAUUUUGACUAAGAAAUACCGAGUGGCCUGCUUGUUGAGAAAAGUCGUGCAGGAGAUUGAACGGCGUAUAUCGACUCAAGCAGAUCACUUAAGAACACAAAACAAUCUGUUUAAGGCCCGUGACAAGAAAUACCAGUCAAGAAUCAAAGUACUCGAAGCCCUUGCAUCUGGGCCUGGUGAAGAGACUGGGCUUCAGCAAAUGAAGAUUGAGAAGUUCAAAAUGGAAGAAAGAAAGAAACUUGAGGAGGAGUACGUGGUUAAAUUGAUGAAAGAGAAGGAUAAAAGCAAUCUUGAAAUUUCAACAUUGAAGCAAGAAUUAGAAGUGGCGAAAAAGACUUACGAACUUUGUUGCUUGCAAGUAGAAACAGAAUCUAAUUCUUCUAAAUCGAACCUAGAGAAGAGGAUAAAAGAGCUUGAAUGCCUUUUGGCAGAGCCAAGUAAUAGGGUGAAAGAGCUUGAGAACCUCCUGGAAGAGUCAAGGAAUAGGGUUAACGAGCUUGAGAACCUCCUGGCAGAGUCGAGGAAUAGGCUGAAAGAGCUUGAGGCAUAUGAACUGCAUUGCUCUCGAGUAGAAAAAGAAUCUAAAUCAGCUAAAUCAGACCUAGAUAAGAGGAUAAAAGAGCUUGAGAACCUCCUGGCAGCGUCAAGGAAUAAAGUGAAAGAGCUUGAGUUAUAUUCAGAGUCAAAAUAUCAAAAGGGGAGCAAGAAACAGAAUAGCUACAAGAGCUUUAUGGAUUUUCAAUUUUGUUCUUUGCGGGAAUUGAGAUUAUCUUCUGGGUUCAUCAAGCAAGAAAUUUUGAAGACGCAAAAGAUCUAUUCGGAUGAAUUCAAUCACCUUGGAGAGAAGCUUAAAGCAUUAGCAGAUGCAGCAGAGAACUAUCAUGAAGUACUUGCUGAAAACCGGAGGCUCUUUAAUGAGAUUCAGGAUUUGAAAGGAAACAUUAGAGUAUGUUGUCGGAUAAGGCCAUUUAUGCCUGGGCAGCCUGCAAAACGUUCAACUAUAGAAUAUAUUGGUGAAAAUGGGGAGUUAGUCAUUGCAAAUCCCUCUAAACCAGGGAAAGAUGGCAAUCGAUUGUUCAAGUUUAAUAAGAUCUUUGGUCCUGAUGCUACCCAAGUGGAUGUAUUUUCAGACAUCCAGCCUUUGAUACAAUCUGUACUUGAUGGAUAUAACGUGUGUAUAUUUGCUUAUGGACAAACUGGUUCCGGAAAAACCUACACAAUGACUGGUCCUAAUGGAGCGUCUAACGAGCAAAUGGGAGUUAACUACCGAUCUCUGAAUGAUCUUUUCAAUAUCUCCCAACAUAGAAACAAUUCCAUCAAAUAUCAAGUUGGGGUCCAAAUGGUUGAAAUAUAUAAUGAACAAGUGCGGGAUUUACUAUCAAGUGACGGUUCCCAAAAGAAACUCGGGAUAAUGUCUACCACUCAAACCACUGGACUAGCUGUACCUGAUGCUAGUAUGCAUCCUGUCAACUCAACUUCAGAUGUUCUAGACCUAAUGAAUGUUGGAAUGAAAAAUAGAGCUUCUGGUGCCACUGCAUUGAAUGAGAGAAGCAGUCGCUCUCACAGUGUUCUGACCAUCCAUGUUCACGGGAAGGAUUCGAAGACUGGUGUUCCACUGCAUGGAAAUCUUCAUUUGGUAGACCUUGCAGGAAGUGAAAGAGUUGACCGCUCUGAGGUAACUGGAGAUAGGCUCAAGGAAGCGCAACAUAUUAACAAGUCCUUGUCUGCUCUUGGAGACGUCAUUUUUGCACUUUCACAAAAGAGUUCUCAUGUACCUUACAGGAACAGCAAACUCACUCAAGUCCUUCAGAGUUCUCUCGGAGGUGAAGCAAAGAUUCUUAUGUUUGUGCAGCUCAAUCCUGAUGCAUCUUCAUUUUUGGAAAGUAUGAGCACUUUGAAAUUUGCGGAGAGAGUUUCUGGGGUUGAGUUAGGUGCUGCACGAAGUAGCAAAGAGGGCAGGGAUGUUAGGGAAUUAAUGGAGCAGGUGGCAUCUCUGAAAAACACAAUUGCCAAGAAGGAUGAUGAGAUAGAGCGGCUGCAAUUACUAAAAGAUCUAAAAAACGUGUAUUCAGGGAUCAAUGGGGAAAAGAAUGGGCCAAGUUCAAUGAGGUAUGAGUCUUCUUCUCCAGGCAGAGAUUCUGUAGGUGAUUCUCCUGAGUGUAACCAAAAGUCAUCGGCUGGAAAGGGCUUUGGACGUGGCGAGAAAGCAACUUCUGAUCAUGACAACUGUUCAGAGUACAGUGAUAAGUAUUCCGAAGCUGAUUCCCAGAAGUCCAUGGAUGACUUUAAACACCAAAAUGAAUUGUCACAGCAAUCAAAAGUUGCUGGAAACCGUAAUUUUCAUUUUCAAGCAGAUGGUGCGAUUUUAGGAUUUGGGGAUGCAGACGAUGAUGAGAGAUUAAGUGACAAGUCUGAUGGCUGUCUUUCUGUGGGAACAGACCCUGACGGCUCAGUUGAGGAUACUAAUUCCACCGAUGGCAGAAAAUCAUCAAAUCAAGUACAAAGGCCAAGGCCAGCAUCUAAGGUACAAAGACCCCUACAAAGAGCAGGGCAGACUGCUUCAAAAGACCAUUUGAAGGCGUCAACAAGUAUUAGAAGAAGUGGUAGUAGCUCUACCUUACUUAAACCACCCAGAAGAUGGACGUAAAUCUGCCAGUUCUUACUUUUUCUGGGUAUAAUUUUUCACCCACAUAUAUACAUAUAUAUAUAUAUAUAUAUAUAUAUAUAUAUAUAUAUAUAUAUAUAUAUAUUUAUAUAUGACAUUUAAGUUUUGCAUAUUUUUUAUUUACACGACCAAGUGAAUCUGUAAGUAAUUAUGUGUAAAUCCACUAAGUUUUGUUGCCUCGAUAAGUCAUUGUUUUUCCUUCAGCUCUGUAAAUUGAAGUAAAACAAUAGAAUUUCAUGGAGGAAUCACAUUUCUCCUGAAUUCAGAAUGUAAAUACUUUACAUGCAUUUUUGGAUAGUGUUAUACAGAAUUUCGUUUUUUUA